GUAGGGAUAUGUCCUCAGCACCUACCACUCCUCCAUCAGUGGAUAAAGUAGACGGCUUUUCUCGGAAGUCCGUCAGAAAAGCCAGGCAGAAGAGAUCCCAAAGCUCUUCACAGUUCAGGUCACAGGGCAAGCCGAUCGAGUUAACGCCUCUGCCUCUGCUUAAAGACGCCCCAACCUCAGAGCAGCCUGAACUGUUCCUCAAGAAACUUCAGCAGUGCUGUGUCAUUUUUGAUUUUAUGGAUACAUUGUCCGAUCUUAAAAUGAAAGAAUACAAGCGCUCUACGCUGAAUGAGUUGGUGGACUACAUCACGAUAAGCAGAGGCUGCCUCACAGAACAGACGUACCCUGAAGUAGUAAGAAUGGUAUCCUGCAAUAUAUUUAGGACCCUUCCUCCGAGUGACAGCAAUGAGUUUGAUCCUGAGGAAGAUGAACCCACUCUUGAGGCAUCAUGGCCACAUUUACAGCUUGUAUAUGAAUUUUUCAUAAGAUUUUUGGAAAGCCAAGAAUUUCAGCCGAGUGUUGCCAAAAAGUAUAUAGAUCAAAAAUUUGUAUUACAGCUGUUAGAGCUUUUUGACAGUGAAGACCCUCGUGAAAGGGACUAUUUAAAAACAGUCUUACACAGAAUUUAUGGCAAAUUCCUGGGACUUAGAGCAUUUAUUCGAAAACAGAUUAACAAUAUUUUUCUACGAUUUGUUUAUGAAACUGAACACUUUAAUGGUGUAGCAGAACUGCUGGAAAUAUUAGGAAGUAUUAUCAAUGGCUUUGCAUUACCUUUGAAAGCAGAGCAUAAACAGUUCCUUGUGAAAGUACUGAUUCCCCUACACACUGUCAGGAGCUUAUCGCUCUUCCACGCACAGCUGGCAUACUGCAUAGUACAGUUCCUGGAAAAAGACCCAUCCCUCACAGAACCAGUUAUUAGAGGACUGAUGAAAUUUUGGCCAAAAACAUGUAGUCAAAAAGAGGUUAUGUAUCUUGGGGAGCUUGAAGAGAUCUUGGAUGUCAUUGAACCUUCACAGUUUGUUAAAAUCCAGGAGCCUUUGUUUAAACAGAUUUCCAAGUGUGUCUCCAGCCCUCAUUUCCAGGUAGCAGAGCGAGCUUUAUACUAUUGGAACAAUGAAUACAUCAUGAGUCUAAUAGAGGAGAACUCAAAUGUGAUCCUUCCCAUCAUGUUUGCAAGCCUCUACAGGAUUUCUAAAGAACACUGGAAUCCGGCGAUCGUGGCUCUCGUCUACAAUGUGUUAAAAGCGUUUAUGGAGAUGAACAGCACUUUGUUUGAUGAACUGACCGCCACAUACAAGUCAGAUCGCCAGCGUGAGAAGAAAAAAGAAAAGGAACGUGAAGAACUCUGGAAAAAGUUAGAGGACCUAGAACUGAAGAGAGGUCUUAGAAGUGAUGGUAUUAUCCCAACUUAACAAAGGAAGAUCCUGCAUCUUUAUCCUGUGGAGUCACAUGUAUGUAGUAGAAGAUGGAGCAGCAGUUUUCUGUAUCGUGCAACUUUACAGUAGAUAACAUUCGUUUCAUUAUUACAACAGCACUGUAUAUAACUGUCUAAGUAAAGAAAGAAAAAAAAAUAUAUGGACUUUAUUCCAAAGUUUGGACACUAGACGAACUUCUCAGAACUUUGCAAACAUAAUCAUUGUUUCUUUACAUCCACUCGGAUCUCUCGAUGAAAUUUUACAGUGUCAAAAUUCCCAUUGUCAGGCACUUGAUAUUUAUCUGUGGCAGACAGAGCAUUGCAGUGUUUCAGGCACCCUGAUAAAAAAAAAUUAGCUUCUCUUUCUGCUAAACUGUUUAAAUCUAUUUAUAUAGUUAAAA